UUUUAUUCUAUUUAUAUCAACGUUUUCAUUUAUAUAUAUAGUCAUAGCUACUUGGCCCCUUGUUGACUCAUAGUUACUCACCAUAGACCUCCUCCUUCUGGAUCUUUCUCUUUCUUUCAGUUGGUUCCUAUGGACACUAGCAGGGCUGAAGGGAAGAGAACCUUGCUGAGGUACAAAGAGGAGGAGGAGGAGGACGACGACGAGGAGACUGAGGAGGAAGAGGAAGAAGACACGGGGGGUUAUGGAGAAGAAUAUGGUGGUGGUGGGAGGAGGAAGAGGGCAAUGACAGAUCUCAUGAGCAGCAAGAGAGGCUUCAAAGGUGGAGGAGGCUCGUCAAUGCCACCGUCAUGUCAGGUGGACGGCUGUGACUCUGAUCUGAGCAAGGGAAAGCAGUAUCAUCGAAGACAUAAGGUUUGUGAGAACCAUGCCAAGGCUCCUUCCGUACACAUUUCAGGACAACAACAAAGGUUUUGCCAACAAUGCAGCAGGCUUAGAGGGAAAGAAGACCCUCUCUUUGUUCAGUAAGGUUUUGUCAAUUGGUUAAAGUGAAAUACUCAGACAUACAUUCAUCUUAGUUAGUAGUUUCUAUUAUCUUGAGUCUUGCGCCCAAGCCUCAAUGCUAGUUUAUUUUGUUUAAUUCUUUCUUACUCUAUAUGGUUAGUUAAUUAGUUCUUUCUCACCAGCUACUUUGGGAUUUUCACUUCUAAUCGAAUAAAUUUUAAUUAUUAAUCAGGGACAAGUUUCUAUUUACUGAUAUAAAUUAAACUAUUUCACCAAUUGUGAGUUGUGACUUAAUAAUUUUGUUAAAAGAUUUUACAGCAGCCAAAAUCAGAGACUUUUAACAUUACCACUAUUGCUUAGAUUUGGCCAUUAUUGUUUAUUAUUGCAUCUUUUGAAUGACUUAUAUUAUAUGAAACUUUAACUAUAUAAGUUCCUAUCAUUUCCACAGUUAACAUUAUUUUUCUAAGAUAUAAAAUACAGGUAAGUUGCAUCAGGCAAGAUAAGGCCUUACCUAUCCAGAAAAAAUAAAGAUAUACUAUGAUCUAAAUAGCACACCCAUGUUAUUCAUCCAUUAUUAGAUUUAGAAUAAUAUGUUCAAUUGGAAGAUAUAUGCAUCUAGAUCACAUAAUCAUUUAGGGUGUAAGAGAGAAGCAUGAUCUUAUAGUACAUUUUUCUCCACUAAAAAAUAAGAUUUAAGAUAAAUUCUCAUGAAAACUAACUUAACAUCUUAUUAUUUAAUAUUCAAAGAUUUCAUGAGCUUUCGGAGUUUGAUGACUCAAAACGAAGCUGUAGGAGACGCUUGGCGGGGCAUAAUGAGAGGCGUCGCAAAAAUGCAACUGAGUACCAUGGAGAAUGAAGUGUACUCUUUGGAGAAUGAAGUGUACUCUUUCACUGAAUGAGGCAAGCAUAUGAUGAUUAUAAUAAAAAUUGCCAUGAAUCCUUCCUAAUUAAUCUAAUUAUUGAUUUUAUCUGUGUUUCUCUGAACUUUGGAAGCUCUCUAUCUUCUGUCAAAAUUAUUGCCAGGGUUAUUCUAGUCUAUGAUAACAUUUCCGAACGAGGAUUUGAAGUUCUUUGAUGUUGUCUAUUAUUUUAGUAUUAUUUAUUAGCACUGAAUUCUCU